AUGUCGGUAAGAAAUCGUACGGCACCCGGUCCCGACAGAAUAAGACCAGAACACUUGAAGAGCCUUCCGCCAGUACUCAUCAACACCCUGGCGAGGCUCUUUACACGUUAUCUGUCGGAAUGCAAGGUUCCUAAACAGUGGAAGACCAGCAAGACCGUGUUGUUGUAUAAAAAGGGAGAUCCACAUGACAUCGGCAACUAUCGUCCAAUCUGCCUACUGUCCGUCAUCUACAAGCUCUUUACAAGAGUGAUCCUUAAUAGGAUUGAAAAAGUCCUGGAUGAAGGACAGCCAUGCAAGCAAGCAGGGUUUCGAAAAGGAUUCAGCACGAUUGACCACAUUCACACUGUUUCGAAACUCAUCGAGGUAUCCCAAGAGUACAAGAUGCCGCUCUGUCUCACCUUCAUCGACUUGAAAAGGCCUUCGACUCAGUUGAGACGGAAGCGGUUGUGGAAGCCUUGGACAACCAAGGCGUCCCUACUCAGUACAUAA